UUGCCGCCCCACGGAAAACGGGCGCAUGGGAGCGAGUGUCACUUCCUGCUGAACCUAUCGUGUGCUGAUGAUCUAAAAGCAAAUGUUAAGAUGGACAGCGUAGCGUCGGUCACAUCCGAACGAACACAGGCGCAGGGUGCGGCGACUGUGGAGGCGAUUGUAAUAAAGCAAGCAGCAGGUGGGCCACUCCUUAAUUCCGGCGACACCACGCUGACGAAGUGUUCGUGCAAGGAACACACCCUGUUGAUUGAGGGCGAGAAAAGGAUAUGAAAUGAGCAAAGUCGUGGGCUAGACAGGACUGGGCCACCCCCGUACUCGGGUGUCGUGUCCACACAGCCACAGUAAAACGGCAAAGGAUUCGCGGCAUAGGGAAAGCUCGUUUCCGAAACCAGAAACACAGUUGUGUUCGCUACGGCAACCUGUACGGAUAGUGUGAUAAGGCCGCCGAUGCUCGUACAAGAAGGCGCCUUUGUCUAAUCUUACACUCCAAGUUGUUGUCCCAUUCGGAUAAGCCACCUGUGUGUGUGUGUACACUAUAUAAUUGGUGCAGUUUUCGGAACCUUCAACAAAACCAUGAUGGGUGACGAGAUGAGUGUGGAGCAGGAAGCGGAAGCGAUUCUCGAGACGGAAACGAGCUUCGGAAUGCGCGUGUGGCAUCUGCUGUUCCUUUCCUGCGGAUCGGUGCUCGGUGUCAUCAUCAUGCUGUGCUGCUGCAUCCGCUUCCGCAUCCCCCGCACCAAGCAGGACAUCGAGGCGGACUACCACCGGAAGAAGCUGACGCGCAAGUUUGGCGAACGGCUGGACUGCAUGCAAAAUGCCGACAUCGACGAGAUGGAUCUGAUUAAGGCGCUCGAACGGGUCCGGGAGGAUUAUGUGGCGGAGCAGGAGAAGCAGGCGAGCAAGGAGGCGGCCGAAAACAAGGACAAUCAAGCAAUCGUUACGGUGUGCGACAAUGUCUAACGUGGGUUGUGGCGUACGCGCGGGAUGAAACGCACACCCAAUUAGUGGUUAUUAGUUAAAUCGAUUCCAUUGGAAGGUUGGUUUUUUUUUGUAAUCAAAUUAAUGAACGAUUGGUUGCACGUGAAGUGAGCGAAAGUUGUGGCAUUGGUGUAUAAUUUGGCUUAAAAUUUCGAAGCUAAGUGGUACUGAAUCUAUGGUUGUUUUUAAUUGGGGCGAUUCACUUGUACAAAAUUGGGUCAGUAUCGAAAAUUGGGAAGUUCAAGCAAAUGGGCGUUGCCUAUUGCAUGCUUUCGACAAAUUCCAACCUUGGUUAAAUAAAUGUCUUUACAAAACCACAACAUUAAGUUUUGAAUUUAUCUUAACGCGGUGCUCUCUCUUAUAAAGUGACAAGGGAUGGUUGGAAUGUACUCCAUCCUGCUUAGUUAUUAAAUCUAUCUCUAAUUCACGCUUGAAAGCAAUUGGAUUGGUUUUAUUUUACACAAAAUCACCCAUUCGCUUCAAUUUAAUUCAUUUUAGCGUGUCCCUUGGCUCACCGCUGUUUAAAUGCUGCUUAACGGUCCCGCUCAAAUAGCCAAAGAUAAUGAAAUCGAACUAUCGUGCUGCUUGAGGGCUGCUUAAAGAAAAAACGUACCAGCGCCGAACUUUGAGGCAAGUUAAAAAGACCGUGGAACUUGAUCGAACUAUGAAGCAUUUCUACUUGCUCUUGGAACUCGAUGGAACUAUGAGGCUUAUUUAUAAACCAUGUAUAGCGUUCAUCCAAACUAUGCGGCUUAUUAAGAAGCAUGCGGUACUUCAUGGAACUUUAUGCCUUUUUAAGAGUGAAAGAUGGCCCUUCAAGUUCAAGUUCAAGUUUACAGAAUUAUGUUAAUAGAACAUUGCUAUCUGCCAUGCGUCGUAAGAAAAACAUUGUGUGGAAAGAUGUGUUGAAAGUGUGUAAAAAAAUCGGGAAAAUUUUAUAUAGAACGUACUUAAAUUAUGCGUGAAAUAUUUGAGAACGAAGACGACUGGGAGAUAAUCGAUAUUCCAGUCGAUAUAUCCGACAAUUCUAGUUCGGAAGAUAAUCAGCAGAUUGAAAUCCCCAAAAAGAUGCCUUGCAUGAAAAUAAAUAGCACAUAAACACUUUCUUUAUCAGCUCUAUAUACGAAAGCUUCUUAAGGCCCGGUUAAGAGUACGAGGAACUAUGACGCUGCUUAUCUACUGCAAAAGACGUAUUAGAUCAGCGAUCUUUAGCGUGCUGAAGUUGGCUGCUUAAGAUAAUUUGGCUGUUUGGGCGGCCGCUGUGGUGUUUCUGAAUCAACUAAUUUUGCUUCUUUAGUGAUAUUUAGUUGACUCAUGGUCAAAUUUUGCUUUGGCUGUUUACUUACAACAUAGAUAAUGUAGUCAAACAAAUGAUUGCUGUUCUUUUUUCAUAAUAUUUCACAACGCUUUCCUCUCGAUUGCAUUACCAACAAAACAGUCUUACCGGUCAUUUCAAAACGAAGCGCACGGAUAAUCCAACUUCCUUUGCCCAACCCAAUACACCGGGACUCGACUGUAUCUGACAGCUCGCGCUGUGACGUCAAGUUUUUUAUUCAUUCGCUUUCUUUCACGAGCAGCGAAAAGUUGUGCCAGAGAUAAAAACAUUCCAGCGACUCCAUUUCCAAGGAGGAAGGGGUGAACACACAAUUUCACAACAAAAGGCGGCGGUCAAGUUUUUCCAGAGUUUUCAGAUACAUCGUAAAACGCACACAUACACAAACGUUCAUCA